AUGUUUAACUCGGUGAACCUGGGCAACUUCUGCUCCCAGUCGCGUAAGGAGAGGAGCGCUGAGUUUGGAGAGAGGGCAGGUUGCGCUUCCAAUCUCUACCUCCCCAGCUGUACCUAUUACGUCCCCGAAUUUUCCACCGUGUCAUCUUUCUUGCCACAGGCCCCCUCUCGCCAAAUCUCCUACCCUUACUCCACCAACCUCUCGCAAGUGCAACCCGUGCGAGAGGUCUCCUAUGGUCUAGACCCCUCCAGUAAAUGGCACCACCGAAGCAAUUACGCCUCGUGUUAUUCCGCAGAAGAUCUGAUGCAUAGAGAGUGCAUCCCGCCUUCCACCAUGACCGAAAUGCUAAUGAAAAACGAGAGCGUGUACAGCCACCACCACCACCCCAGCUCCAACCACCCGCCGUCGACGGGAUUCUACACCAGCAUGAACAAAAACACUGUCCUGCCCCAAGGCUUCGACCGCUUCUUCGAAAACGCCUAUUGCGGGGGGGAAAAUCCGAGCGAGACCUGCCUGCAGAAGGGCGAGGGCAAAGUGGAGGCAGAAUCCCAACCCCACGCCCUGUCAUCCCGCGGAGAGCCAGGGAUAGACCCGGAAGAUGAAGAGGAAAACACAAACCCCGGCUCUUCAGCCUCGUCUUCUUCUGUCACCAAGGAAGGAAGCAAAAGCAGCAGCAAUUCGAGUGCUCCCAGAACGAGGAAGAAGAGAUGCCCCUAUUCGAAAUUCCAGAUCAGAGAGCUAGAGAGAGAAUUUUUCUUCAAUGUCUAUAUAAACAAAGAAAAAAGGCUCCAGUUGUCUAGGAUGUUAAAUCUUACCGACCGACAGGUUAAAAUUUGGUUUCAGAACAGAAGAAUGAAAGAAAAAAAAUUAAGCAGAGACCGCCUGCAGUAUUUCUCUGGAAAUCCCUUGUUGUGA